AUGGCCGACACUGUUUCGCUUUUGCGGAGGCUAAUACUUGAGUCGCCGCCGGGAGAAUGGGCCAUCAACCAGCUCCGCGAGCUGCUCAUUGGCGCCCUCAAGCAGGGACCGAUUCCUCAACAUGUUGCCUUCGAGAUGGACGGUAACAGACGUUACGCAAGAAGUCGUCGCAUGGAGACUGUCGAGGGACACCACCGUGGCUUCGAGGCCCUCGCUAGAAUCAUGGAAAUCUGCUACAAGUGUGGUGUCAAAGUUGUUACCGUUUACGCGUUCAGUAUCGAAAACUUCAACCGGCCAAAAUACGAAGUGGAAGGCCUCAUGCAGCUUGCAAAGGUCAAGCUGGAGCAACUGACUACAUAUGGCGACAUCCUUGACCGCUACGGGGCCUGUGUUCGAAUCCUCGGCCAGCGUGAGAUGAUACGCGAUGACGUAUUGGAGGUCAUGGACAGAGCCGUAGCAAGGACUAAGCAUAACAAUAAGGCUGUCCUGAAUAUCUGCUUCCCAUACACAUCGAGAGCAGAGAUGACGACCGCAAUCCGAUCAACCGUACAGGAAUUCCUAUCUCCCACGCCUCCUAAGAACACACCAUUUUCUCCGUCGCGUAUAAGGCAAAAGAUACUUUCCGGCCAACUCGACGGCCGCGACCUGCUGCCGACCAUUCCAGAUGAAGCUCUCGACGAUGGCGAGUAUGAGGGCAAAGACAUAGAUGACGGAGACGACAACGACUCUUCUGAAUCCGCUACUCUUCCCCCGGGCUCCCCUGAGCCUCGCUUGCUCUCCAGAUCAGGAUCCUACGGCUCUACGACACUGCCCAACCCCGACAACAUCACAGUCGACACCAUCGAAAGACAUAUAUAUACCGCCGAUGAUCCUCCUUUGGACCUCUUUGUCAGGACAAGUGGCGUUGAGCGGCUCAGCGACUUUAUGCUCUGGCAGUGCCACCAGGACACACACAUCUUCUUCCGCAAAUGCCUGUGGCCGGACUUUGACCUCAAGGACUUCAUAUGGGUUCUGCUGGAGUGGCAAUGGAGGCAGAAGCAGUCUGACAGAGAGAAGCCCUCUGGCAGGGCAGGGACGGUCAAGGCGCGAAGCAUGAUGGAGUAA